AGGAAGAGGCGGAGCAGAGACGAGAAGUUUAACGUCAUUUUGCAGAAGUGAAAGUGUGAGAGAGCAGCAGCAGAGCUGCAGUCGAGCCCUGUUUGUCUCUAAAAGAAGAUUCACUGGAGUCCAUCAGGUUUCUCUCAGCAACAGUGAUUGCAGACAUGUAUGCUGCCAGCAAUCUGCGAUCUGAAGAUCAGUUUCUGUGCUCCAUCUGUCUGGAUGUGUUCACUGAUCCAGUCACUACACCAUGUGGACACAACUUCUGCAAAACCUGCAUCAGUCAGCACUGGGACAUGAAUGUCAUCUGUCAGUGUCCCAUGUGUAACGAGACUUUCUACACUAGACCUCAGCUGAGGGUCAACACCUUCAUCUCUGAGAUGGUUGCUCAGUUCAGACGUGAAGCUCAGCAGAAAGCCAGCAGCAGCAGCUCAGAGCAACAAGCUGCCAAACCAGGAGAAGUUCCCUGUGACGUCUGCACUGGAACCAGACUGAAGGCCCUGAAGUCCUGCCUGGUGUGUCAGACCUCCUACUGUCAGACUCACCUGGAGCCUCAUCUGACAGUGAAAGGCCUGAAAAGACAUCAGCUGAUUGAUGCUGUGGAGAACCUGGAAGGCAGGAUGUGUACGAAGCACGAUAACCUUCUGCAGCUGUUCUGUAAGACCGACCAGACAUGUGUCUGCAUGCUCUGCUCUGUUUUAGACCACAAGAACCACGAGUUUGUUCCUCUGAGAGAAGAAUAUGAAGGAAAGAAGGCAGAGCUGGAGAAGACAGAGGCUGAGAUUCAGCAGAUGAUCCAGAAGAGACGACUGAAGAUUCAGGAGAUCACAGAGUCGGUGAAGAUGAGUAAAGAUGCUGCAGACAGACAGAAAGCAGAAGGUGUUCAGGUCUUCACUGCUCUGAUGGAGUCUGUUGAGAGACGCCUGAAGGAGCUCAUGAAGGAGAUCGAAGACAAACAGGAAACUACAGAGAAACAGGCUGAAGGUCUCAUCAAAGAUCUGGAACAGGAAAUCUCUGAGCUGAUGGAGAGAAGCUCUGAGGUGGAGCAGCUCUCACGCUCUGAAGACCACCUCCACCUCCUCCAAAGCUUCUCCUCCCUGAAAGCUGCUCCACCCACCAAGGACUGGACAGAGGUCAGAGUUCAUCCACCAUCAUAUGAGGGGACUGUGGGGAGAGCUGUGGAUCAGCUGCAGGAGACAAUCAGGAAACCCAUGAAGAAGAAGCUGUUUGAGGCUGAGCUGCAGAGGGUGCAGCAGUAUGAGGUGGAUGUGACUCUGGAUCCUGAUACAGCUCAUCCUGAUCUCAUCCUGUCUGAUGAUGGAAAACAAGUGUAUCAUAGUGAUGUGAGGAAGAAUCUUCCAGACAACCCAGAGAGAUUUUCUCAGUGUCCUUGUGUUUUAGGAGAGCAGAGUUUCUCUUCAGGCAGAUUUUACUUUGAGGUUCAGGUUAAAGGAAAGACUGACUGGGAUUUAGGAGUGGCCACAGAGUCGAUCAACAGGAAGGGACAAAUCACACUGAGACCUCAGGAUGGUUUCUGGACUGUGUGGCUGAGAAAUGGAAAUGAGUACAAAGCUCUUGCUGGUCCUUCAGUCCGUCUCUGCCUUCAUCCUGGUCCUGAGAAGGUGGGGGUGUUUGUGGAUUAUGAGGAGGGUCUGGUCUCCUUUUAUGAUGUAGGUGCUGCAGCUCUGAUCUACUCCUUUACUGGCUGCUCCUUCACUCACAAACUCCACCCAUACUUCGAACCCAGUUUGAAUUAUGGUGGUAAAAACUCUGCACCUCUGAUCAUCUGUCCUGUUAAUCAAACUGAGUCGAUCAACGACUGAUUUUAUUUGAUGAAUGAUUGAUUUUUCUUGAAGGGACCAAAUGAACAUAUUGAGUGUAAAUCCUCUACAGUCUCCAUGUUUCUAUAGAAUCUGAUCAUCAGGACUCUGAUUCACACUUUGAUUCUCAUGAGUUUGAUUUGAACAGAAGAAAAGUUGAAUCAGGAAAUGUUCCCACUGAUGGAGACUCGAGCUGAAGAGCAAAUAUCAGAGAAUAAAUGUCCAAAAGCUUCAUUUACAAUAAAGUUUGUUCAAUGCUUUGAGUGAA